AUGGCUCUGCGCAACCCCGAGUACACAUCUUCUACCCAUGGUUCUUCGGGUCUUGGGUCAUCAGCCACUCAUGGGAGCACUGGUCUCGGGUCCUCAACUACCCACGGCUCUACCUCUCACAAUGACCCUACCGGUCCUCACGGCUCCCACACGAUGAACAAGGCUGACCCCCGGGUCGACUCCGACCGUCUUGGAAACGCCGGUAACACUGCUGGCGCAGGCGGUUAUGGUGCUGGACAGUAUGCUGAGUCCCACGGCACCCAUGGUACUACUGGCAGCGGCCUCACCGGCACAGGGCUCGGCUCUUCGACUACUGGAGCUUACAGCUCAGGUAACAGCAGUGGACUGACUGGUGGUCACGGCACUGCCGAUUUCAACGACCCAACUGGUCCCCACAGCUCACGCAUGGCCAACCAGGCUGACCCCCGCGUCGGUGGUGUUGGUAGCACUGGAGCUGGCGCAUACAACACUACUGGAACCGGUCUCACCGGCCAUAGCACUACCGGUGGUCUUGGACACUCCCACAACGACCCUACCGGCCCCCACGGCUCCCACAUGGCCAACUCUGCCGACCCGCGUGUUGGGGGUGUAGGUAGCACUGGCGGUCUUGGCCACUCUCACAAUGACCCCACUGGUCCUCACAGCUCUCACAUGGCCAACUCGGCCGACCCGCGUGUCGGAGGUGUAGGCAGUACAGGCACAGGAGCCUACGGCAGCAACGCUGGCGGCAUCGGCUCAGGCAACAUGGGCCAAGGAGGAUACACCACAGGUGAGCACGUCAAGACCGUCCCAGGGGAGGUCGGGGGAACAGGCCGUGACAACCUCUCUCACCGCAAUAACGAGAGUGGCGAUCUUCCCAAGGCCCUCACCGAGCCUGUUUCCCACGCUGAGCCUCACUCUUCUCUGCAACAUGACCAACACGUUUCAGGUGGCGCUCACGGCACUCAUGGUACCACUGAUGUUCACGGCAAGCCAUCCAUGAUGGACAAGCUGAGUAAGUCUUCCCCAUGCGGUUGA